AUGGCAAGUAGUGAGGGUCAAGAAACACAUGUUCUAUUGGUAGCACUACCAAUCCAAGGCCACCUCAAUCCACUCCUUAAAUUCGCCAAACUUCUCUCACGACCGAACCUCCGCUUCACUCUCGCCACCACCGAACAAGCCCGUGACCUCCUCUCAGCCACCAACAAUUCCGACGAACAACAUCUUAGCCCAGUGGACCUCGCUUUCUUCCCUGAUGGUCUACCAAAAGACCACCCAAGAGCCGAUGAUUCUCUCAUCGGGUCACUGAGAAAUGUCGGAGCCAAGAACUUGUCUAAAAUCGUCGAAUCAAAGAGAUUCUCUUGUAUCGUAACCGUGCCAUUUGCUCCUUGGGUUCCAGGUGUUGCAGCUGCACAUAACAUCCCUUGUGCACUUCUCUGGAUCCAAGCUUGUGGAGCUUACUCGGUUUAUUACCGUUACUACAUGAAGACAAACUCUUUCCCCGAGGAUCUCGAAGAUCUGAAUCAGACAGUUGAUUUACCUGCUUUACCGUUGUUGGAAGUUAGAGAUCUUCCUUCGUUUAUGUUACCUUCAGCAGGAAGUAACUGUAAUAACCUAAUGUUGGAUUUUGUUGAUUGCUUGAAAUAUGUGAAAUGGGUUUUGGUUAAUUCGUUUUACGAACUUGAAUCAGAGAUUAUUGAUUCAAUGUCGGAUUUAAAGCCAAUAAUCCCAAUAGGUCCUUUGGUCUCUCCAUUUCUAUUGGGAGAUGAUGAAGACAAAACCCUAGAUGAGAAAAAUCUUGAUCUAUGGAGAUCUGAUGGUGAUUGUAUGAAGUGGCUUGACACGCAAGCUAGGUCUUCGGUCGUUUACAUAUCUUUCGGAAGCUUGCUCAAAUGGUCAGAGAAUCAAGUGGAGAGCAUUGCAACGGCUCUUAGAAACAGAGGAGUUUCGUUUCUCUGGGUGAUUAGGCCCAAGGAGAUAGCUCAAAACGUUAACGUAUUGCAUGAGAUGGUUCAAAAAGGACAAGGGGUUGUAAUAGAGUGGGGUCCUCAAGAGAGGAUAUUGAGCCACGUGGCGAUCUCUUGUUUCGUGACGCACUGUGGAUGGAACUCGACGAUGGAGACGGUGGUGAGUGGUGUUCCGGUGGUGGCGUAUCCGAGUUGGAUCGAUCAGCCGCUUGACGCGAGAUUGCUUGUGGAUGUGUUUGGAGUGGGAGUGAGGAUGAGGAACGAUGUUGUUGAUGGUGAGCUCAAGGUUGCGGAGGUUGAGAGAUGUAUUGAGGCUGUGAUGGAAGGACCUUCAGCUGAGGUUAUGAGGAGGAGAGCGACGGAGCUGAAGGAAGCGGCGAGAUCUGCGUUGGCACCUGGUGGUUCUUCGGUUCAGAAUUUGGACUCGUUCAUCGGCGAUAUCACAAGUUUUGUUUAA